UAACAAGUGCUUGGUCGCUGACUGUGAAACGGAAUCCGGUGUCGAAGAUAUCGUAUUCAUGCAUGAUGUAAAUGCACCGACAGCGAAAGUUUGAGAGAACCUGUAUGUCUUGCUGAUUUAACCAGAAGGAAAAAUGGCCUUGAAAAUAAAAGGAAUACCCACAAUUUUUGGGGAAACUUUUGAGAAAAAUGUCACCUUCUGUGUGGACACAUCGGGAAGCAUGUUUAAAGGCCUUGAUGUGGUCAAAGAACACUUGGUUGAAACAUUACUUAAACAUGCACAGAAAAGCCAGCCAACAUCAUUUAAUAUAAUAGAGUUUAACUCUGAGGUGACACAGUGGGCCGAUAAGAUGGUGAAGUGUAGUGCUGAAACAGUUGAAGUCGCUGCAGAAUGGGUGAAAAGACUUAGUGCGAAAACAGGGACGAAUACCCUUGAUGCACUUCUGACUGCACUUGAGGACCGUGGUUGCGACGCUGUCUACCUUGUGACCGACGGACUGCCUGACCAACAUCCUGUUGACAUCCUUGACCAGGUGACAAAUGCUGUGAGGGGACGUCCAAUUCACUGUAUCUACUUAUGUGCUGAAGACACCAUGGAUACAUCUGCGAUAGAAUUUUUAGAAGAUUUGUCGGUUGAGUCAUAUGGGUCUUUCCACAUUAUUACCCUAACUCAACAUGGCUGUGUAGAGCGUAUCACUCCGAUCUACAGAGCGGAUCAUGCUCAUGAGCGUAUCAUCAGGACUUUAAACGGAACAAUACACAACCACGCAAAACAGUGUACAGUAGCUACCACGCUAAAAGUAGACCCUGAAGAAUCUCUCGCUCUUACACCUCGUGUUUCCUUCUUUAAUCAAUACGCAGGGUAUCCUUGUAACCCCCAUGUGCACCCGGCAUGGGGAAGUUGGUUUAUGCAGCCAUAUCGAUAUUACUUUCCAAAUGGAUGGAGUCGGUAUCGCCCUGCACGAGGAUGGCUAAAGUCACAGGAAGCAAUGCAUGAUCACAUUGAGAACGCGGGUGUAUCUCCUGCCGCUGGAGCCCUAAUAAUUGGCAAAAAAGUUCUGGCUCGUCGAAUCGAUGAUGGCUAUUUCUACCUUGGAACAAUCAAGAGCCAGAUUUUGGCUGAUAAAUUCCUUGUAGCAUUUGGUCCGUGUAAACAAGGAAAAUACAAAGAGACUACCUAUCAGGAUACGUUUGUUUAUGACCUGGUGGAUUACGAUGAUGCUAAACGCCAUACCGUCAUAACUUCUGACAAAGUGCUGGCCCCUUGGGAACCCAAAGGAGAGAGAUUUGGGCCGGGCAUUGUCAUAGAGGGGCAUGAAAAAAGGGAUUCUGACGGUCCAGACGAUCAACAGAUCACAGUCACAUUCUCUAAUGGACGUACAGAGCGGGUAUCCUCUGACACAGCCUUAUGGGUUCCAGAAGAGGUAUACGAACGCCUCGUUCUAGAACUGAAGAUGCCUCGGGAGGCAAGGGAGACCCUUCAGACCAACCCACACUACCCCUUGGAGAAUCUGCCCGGCUAUCCUACGUCUGGCCCCCAUGCUGAGCCCCGCGUGUACGAGCAGCCUCACCCAGUGACAAUAGAUGUGGCCAGUACAGUAGGAAGUCUAUCCUGGCAGUAUCCCUACACUCCAGAUUACCCAGUACAACUAAAGGGGAAACAGUCCCUCGUUAAAUCUGCUGUCAGCAGCAAUGAUAUGAAUCAACUUGUACCAGGCACAGAUAUGACCAGAGGACAACUGAAUGAAAAAAUCACAUCACAACUCAUGGAACAUAAGUUAACUAUAGCUGAAAAACAGAAUGAGGAAAAAGCUGCACAAGAGGAGAAAUCAUUGGAUGUGGAAAAGAAAGAAUACAGCAAUGAAAAACAAUUGAUGGAAGAAAGUGAGAAAGCACUGAUCAGGGCUCAACAGAGGGAGAGAACGGAAGAAGAACUGGCAAUGAGGAUUCAUCUAUUGGAAAGGGAGCUGGAAUUGGAACGAAUGAAAGAACUAAGACGACAAGAGGAGAAAGAUUUAGAGUUAAAACAACAGAUGGAGAUUGAUCAACAAGAAUUGGAAAAACAAAUGGAAAGAGAAAGCUUACUGAGGAAGAGAGAGAAACAAGAAGAGAACUUGCUACGAAAGUCGGUAUCAUUUAAAGAUGACAUUUUGGUGGAGGAUCUCGACAAGUCAGCUGAGGAAGAAGUCAAAGACCGAAAGAUGGAGGAAACACAAGCAGAUAUGCCUCCUCAACCCCAGGAAAAUUUUGAUUAUAAAUUCUUUGGUGGUGAAUAUAACAAUUUCGCUGAAAAUGUCCAUAAAUGCCAUCCAAGACGUCGCAGGGGAUCUCCGACAAGACGCUCCCAUUCCCCACGCCAAAGAUCACUGUCCCCUCCCAGAAGAAACCGAUCUCCUGCCAGGGAUUUCAAUGUAAUCUAUCGUCGCCCAGGAUCUGCAAAGAGGAGCCAGAAUAAAGCCCCAUGGAUAAAAUACUGGGGCAGUGAUAGCGCCCCAGAGAUGAUUGGUCCUAACAAGCCAGGCCCCUUUAGGGAAACAGCUCUUCAAGCUCCCUUAGAGGCCAAAGACCACAGCAGAACACCGCCCUAUAGUGUUGAAUGGGCAAACUCUGCUUUCAAGUAUGUUGAUCCAUACGCAAAACAUUGCCAUACGUCGAGUGUGGAGACGUUACUGAAACCCCCAAAACUCCAGAAUGGAAUGUUCCCACCUCACCGCCCUUCCCAGCCCGUCACACGUACCAUGUCAGCUGAUGCCAAGGAGGAAGCUAGGAGGGAGUUCAGGAGGAAGAAAGUUGUCCAGCGACAGGUCGACUGGAAUCAACGACUGUAUCAACAGGAUAGAAUGAAGGAGUUAAUGCAGGAUAACCAUAGGGAACGCAUCGUCGCUCAAAUGGAACAUGACCGCCAACGUCAGAUCAACGAGGAAAGGAUGGUCCAUCAGUCGAGAGAAGCUAAAAAACAGAUAAGUGCGGAACUUAGGUCAAAACGUGAGGAAGUUAAAAAACAGCAGGAAGAACUACGAAUUAAAAGAAUCGCAGCAAUGAGAGAAAGAAGAGAGAAUAGAGAAACAGAACAUAUAAAGAAAGAGCAGGAGACCAUAACUAUAUCAGAACAAAGACAGCAAGUACGGGUGCAGAAUUCCCAAAAGCGAUGGGACGAGCAUCAGCAACGUAUUCAAGUUGAGGAAAUUCAAAAUAGGCAGCAUCAUUCACAGGUUCUCAAUGCCAAGCUGAACAGGAUUGAACACUUCCGGAAUCUGGAGAACGAGGGACAACAAAGAAAAGAUUUGCGCUUAGCUGUCUCAGAGCAACACCUAGCAAACUAUCGCUCACAGGUUUUACCGUGAAGCUCAUGAGUUCAUUACUGUUAUUGUUUUUUAGUCAUUUGUAAUUUGUAAAUGUAGUAUUCUUUAUAGCAGAAGUAAAAAUACUGCUUGCUCAAUGUUCAACUGGAGGACUUUUGUUUAGAUGGGUGACGGUGUACCUGAGUUUCAUAUCCACCUGUUCUAUACAUAAUUGUUUCACAUUAACACCCAUCUCCCUUUGAUAGCUAGUCAACGUUUCAUGUAUGUAUAGGCCUAUAUCAUUCUGCUUCAAUUAGUGAACGAGAACCUUCCAAAAAAAUCAUGUAAUUUGCACACCUGUAAUAUUUGCACAGGUACUUUUUGUGAAUUGACCAUUUUUUUCUGUAAAAAAAAAUUGAAAACGUCAAUACAUGUACCUAUGUAUUUUGCACACCGAUAGCUUUAAAUCUUAAUUCAGUAUGAGAAAUUGUGCAAAUUACAUGGGUUUUUUUUAUGGUAUAUAUGUCAGUUUUCUGUAAAAAAUUGUUAUAUGUUCAUGUCACAGAAAUGAAUGUAAUAUUUAUCUACCAUACUAGUUUAUAAAACAGUGCUUUAGAUUUAAAACUGUUUCUCAGAAUCUCAUUUUUGGGAAAGAAAAAAAUGUAUGUGUUUUUUGUCCAUAUAAUGAUGAUAAUUAAUUCUUUAGUGGUAUAUGAAAUAUCAAAAAUGUAGUUAAGAGUCUGUUAAGCAAACAGCAAUUCCAUCAAACAAGGCCCUGAUGGAGUAAUCUUGAAUAUUAAAUGUGUGAUUGUUCUGUUGUGUUAAUAAUUGUUUCCUGAGAAAUAUCCAAAACCUACAGACAUAAUAAGUUAUACAUAUGUAUCCCUAUUUACCGGUAUAUAAAUUUAAGUUUUAACCUGUGCCAACAUGUAGGUAAAGUCAUAUAUUUUAAAAGACUAAAUCAUGCCUUAAUUUGAGAUAAAUUCUUGACUUUUCUACCUCAGGGAAAAAAUUGAAGUUAAUCAAUUCUUUACUUCAAAUGUAUUUCAAUAUAAUUGUAUGAAUUCAAAUUAGUAUAUUGUAGUGCAUUUGGAGAAUUUGAAUAUAAACAGAGAUUCUGACACAUAAGAUUGAGAUUAUAGUUGAAAUUUGAUGUUAUAUGGGUUAACUAGGUUUUGAAGAUGUGAGAUAAUUACUUUUAAAUGUUUAAGUGUUUAAAGAGUUAGUGCUUUAUACAUGGUUGGUAACAAUGGUAGAAUGUCUGUUAUGAAUACCUGUCAACGUGUAACUAUAUUAUGGCAGAAUUUCUAUGUGUUUCAGACACAUGUGCUGUAACUUAAUGGUUCCGUCCCCUUGUCACACGGCUACAUGUGCUCCGAACUAACCUUUCCACAUUUUGUGAUUGAGAAACUAUACACCAAUUAUGAUUUGUUGUGGAUUUUUUUUAUGUAUUUUGCUUUAUUGUGCUAUGUAAAUAUGCCAAUUUAGAAGAAGAAUGAUGACAAGCCUGAUGUAGAACUUCAGCAAUUUUAUAUUAAUAUGGAAAGGAAUGGAUCUUAUACUUGAACUUAAAACUGUCAUAGAAAGAGGUGUUAUAUAGGUAAUAUAGGUAAAGUUGGAAGGGGUGUAAAGGAUUCUAACAGAAAUACUUCAUCAUCAAAUUCUCAUAGAAAGAUAUCAGGUUCUACUGCCCGCCCCUUGUAUCUGUCCCCUCACCUCCAUAUCCCCCUACCCAGAAUCUGAUGUAUAUAUUGUAUUACAUUAAACACAUGUACCACAUAUUAAAUACUACAGUACAGUUGUUAAGAUUUAAGGAUACAAUAAUUAUUUUUUCAUGUCCAUUCUAUAUUUUUUUUAUUAAUUACUGUGUAGAUGACAUUUUCUGAAUAACAUUUAACAGUUUCACUUUGAGGUUUUUAUGCUCAGUCUCCAUUCCUACAAUCUUGAAUAUCUUUAUUUUGUUGCUUUAAUCAGAGUUAUCUCCCCUUUUUAAAGAAAAAUCUUUGCAAUUUUUGUUUACCAUGAGUCGUAUCAAUGAUGACCUAGAUAUUCAGUUCUUGUUUUUUGUUUUUGUUUUUGUUUUGAAUUAACAACAAUUAUCUAGAUUAACUUGGAAAAAAACAAGCCAAGCUGGUUUCUUAUGUAGUAGUCAUGGGAAAUAUUGUUUGGAAAGGAGGUGAAAAUAGUUCAUGUAGUGUGGUACCCCUAAUUAGCUGAUGUUCAUCAAAGUUUUUUAAUUGUUAAAACAAAUGUAUAUAUUGUCCCCUUCCCACUUGUGUUUCUUUUCUUUAUAAAACUAUGUCACCUUGUCUAAGUCAAGUCAAAUGACACAUCCCUGUAUCACAGCAUUACAGCAAUUUAAUCAAUAAUGGCACUAAUAUAUUUGAAUGAAAACAACUCCUUUAGCUCAUUAAAAUAAUCAUUGUUUAAGAAUCCGGAAUCUGUUAAUUCUUACUACAUUUUAUUUUCAAAGUUGAUUAAUUUGAACAGAUUUUUUUUUUUUUUAUAUUUCAUGAUUAUAUUAAAUAAGAAUAAAUUUAAUUCUACAAUUAAUUUAAUUUGUUAGAAAAUAACAAUUGGAUAUGAAUUUAGUUACUAUGAAUUAAGUACAUUUUUUUGUAUUGUCAUCAUUUUUCAUUUCUUACAUGUCAUAUUUUUAAUUAACACAUUUGAUUUGUCAUCAGUUUAUUAGUAUAAUUUUAAGAAAUAUUGCAUUUCAUUGUAUGUAGUUGUGUAAUUUUGUCUGGUCAGAAAAAUGGGUAAUUAUUUUUGUAAGAUAGAUGUGUGGUUGUAUAUAUAUAUACUGAUAUCCUGGGUCACUUUUUCAUCCUCUACCACCACGAACCAUUCUGGACAUUUACAUUUGUACUUCCUUUGGGUUAGAGACUAUUUUAGCUAGAUGAGAUUCCAUGUACUGUAGUUUAUUUCCGAUUUUAAGCUUCUGAUCCAAUUCUGUAAUCAUGUUAGCAUUGACAUGUCUUAUAAGCAUAUGGCUAAUAGAUGUACAUGAAUUCAUUUUCCCCAACAUAUACGUGUACAUGUACACAUAUAUAUACACUGGAAAAAAAAUACCCAGGGGUAAAAUAUUAACAAACAAGAAUUUAUUAAAAAUUCCUUGAAUUUAACUCAGCCAAACCAAAUAUUAGAGUUUAAAAUAAUGGAAGCCUUAGGAAACAACUACCAUAGUAUGUAUAAUGUCUGUGGUAAAACAUGAUAGCUGUUAAAUGAGAAUUUUCUUGUUAACCGAUUAAUCUGUCAUACAGGCCAGAUGGACCUUUUGUUUACAAUAAUAUGUGACCCCUUCAUUCUAUUUUUAGCUUUAUUACUUCUAGUUACGAUAUUCGCUUAUGCCUAAAUCAAAAUAUUUCUUUUGUUUAGCUUGAAAAUUUUAAAUGAUUGAACACAUUACAUGUGAUAGACUUUUUAGUGGUAUCAACAUUUACUAUCUCUGAUGUAAGGAGAGGUUUUAUUUCAUGCAAUAUUAUUCUAUGUAGUGAUGUAAACUUACCAAACUGUGAUAAAACAAAUACUGCGUAUAUAAAUGUGAUCAAUGUCUCUGGAUUAUUUACUAGAUGAGUCAACUUUUUUAUAGCAGCUAUAGUGACCAAUAAAAGAUCCAUCUCUAUGGAGAAUAUAAUCAU